CUGGAAACUUCGUCCAAAGAAGAUUGCAAGUUGAUGAUCCACUUGCUCGUCUCCCUCGUAAGCCCUGUGAGCUUCGCCGCUGAUUCAGCCAAAAGAAAAUUUAUACUCUUUCAAACCCAUCUCUCUAUAAAUUCCCAUCUCAUAAACCCUAAAUCCCAAUCUCAGAGACGAGGGAGGAGACGUAAUUUAAGUGUCGAAAAUGCCCUCAUCACUUCAGCUUCACAGAAUCAAUAACAUUGAUCCCACCACAGUCGCCGUCGCCGCCACCGCUGCAGUCAACUACCACAAGCAGUCGCGGACCCCGCUAACGUGUGCCACUCCGGUGCCGGACGCGGUGGCUAGCUACCACACCCACGCGGUUGGCCCCCACCAGUGCUGCUCCAUGGUGGUGCAGACCACGGCGGCGGCGCUCCCCACCGUGUGGUCCGUCGUGCGCCGCUUCGACAACCCCCAGGCGUACAAGCAUUUCCUGAAGAGCUGCCAUGUCAUCUUCGGGGACGGCGACAUCGGUACCCUCCGCGAGGUCCACGUGGUGUCGGGACUCCCCGCGGAGUCCAGCACCGAGCGCCUGGAGAUUCUCGACGAUGAGCGGCACGUCCUCAGCUUCAGCGUCGUCGGCGGUGACCACCGGCUCUGCAAUUACCGGUCCGUCACCACUCUACACCCUUCCCCGACCGGAACUGGGACCGUUGUCGUCGAAUCUUACGUCGUUGAUAUUCCGCCGGGUAACACGAAGGAGGAUACUUGUGUUUUCGUGGACACGAUCGUGAAAUGCAACUUGCAGUCACUAGCCCAGAUGUCUGAAAAACUUACCAACAAUAAUAGAAAUUCGUCUUAAUUUUUCUAUCUUUCUCAUAUAGAUUUCUGUGUGGGAGACAUGCCUUCUUACUCUUUUGGAUUAUUGCACCCCCGUCACAACUUUACAUUCUGCAUUUCUUCUUCUUCUUCUUCUUCUCCUUCUUCUUUUUUGGGAUUUCAUUUUGGUAUUUGCUUGUCCUGAAAUCUGUAUGUCUUCUCUGUAUGUACGUAUGAGUGUAUUAUCUGUACAUGAAUGAAUGAGAAAAAGUAGAUAAGUUGAUCAGAA